UAAAAACACAUUUCGCUUGUAUUGAUUUUAGGUUAUGUUAUGAAUAUUUCCAAGUUUUCAUUAAAAAAAUAUUUAUUUAAAUAAUAAAACCUGUGUUACUAAGUAUAAAUGGCAGACAUGGAAGAACCGCCCAUGAAAGUUACUAAAUUUGAGAUGGAGUCCCAAUACUUAGAGGGCGAGGUGAUGGAAGAGGGACAGGAGGAGUGGCUGAGUGAGGGCAUCCUCACCGACGACGAUUACAAUCCAGCUUCACAACAAACAGAACCAGAUCAGAACGACAUAGCCACCAGCCAGGACUCCAGCAUGGGCAGCGUGAAGGCAGAGCAGCCGGAAACCAUCGAGGAGACACUCAAUAGCUUGGAGAAUCAUCAGACGACACAGAGCCUCCCAGACGAGCUGGACGCGUUCCUGGUCAGGAAGACGGAUGGCAGGAUGCUGCAGCAGUCCAUCAAGAAGGAGAGCGACCAGGAGUCUGAGAGGCAGGAUGACGAUGACGGGAAUGACACAGAUGACCUGCUGAGAGUGCUGGGGGAUGGUGACCAGAAGACCGCCAAGGAGGACGCUGAGAAGACCAAAGAUGGCGAGUCGAGUGAUGAUGACGAAUUUGUCUUCGAAGGAGCAAAGACAAGGACCUUGCAAGUGGCAAAGGACGCUCUGAUGCGUGCGUCAGCAUCGAAAGCCGUUCCAGAAGAUGACGACCCUACCGACUGUUCUUCAGAUGAUGCAUCGACCAUGAAGAAAAUGUUCAACGUGCGCGAGAAGAAACCUGAGGUGUCCAAAGCCACCACCACUUCUACCACCAAAAUGGUCACCACCAACAGUCAUACCAGCCAGAAGACAUCUCUUGUUAAGAAGGUUGUCAAUGUCCCACACAAACCUGCAGCACAACCCGCGAAGCCUUCGAUCCUGAAGCAAUACGUGCACAAAAAGUCAUCAGUGACUGCAGCAUCAGCUCCGCAACACAGGAGGAGUGGCCACAAGGCGGAGACCAACGAACAUGGCUUGGAGGAAGAUGAUAAUGACUUGAACAAGGCGUUCAAUCACCGCGACUCCAAAUCGGAGAAGCAGACCCAACGUCUGAUGAGGCCCGAGGUGAUGGACGAGGAGGUGCCCACCGACCCUGACACAGACAGCGACGAAGAGAGCCUGUACGAUGAGUUGCCAUCAUCGGAUUCAGAGAACAUGGAUGAUUGGUUCACGCUGGACAUCCGUGCGGAGCGGGCAGGAGACUACAUACCACUGCUGGGCGACAAGGCGUACCAACUCCUGCUUGACGAGAAGCGGCGGGUGGCCGCUAAGCUGGAGACGUUGAAGACCAGCCUCUCGUCCCUGGCGGCCAGCGGCAAGGAGCAGGCCGAGCGCCUGCGGGAGGUGACCGCCACCGCCGCCGAGCUCGACGCCAUGCUGCGGGCCUCCUGACUGCACAACUAACUUGAGGGGGGGGGGGGAUAAAACCCGCGCUAUAUGGAGGGGGUAUAAAACCCGCACUAUAUGGGGGGGUAUAAAACCCGCACUUUAUGGAGGGGGUAUAAAACCCGCACUAUAAGGGGGGGGGGUAUAAAACCCGCACUUUAUGGAGGGGGUAUAAAACCCGCACUAUAAGGGGGGGUAUAAAACCCGCACUAUAUGGAGGGGGGUAUAAAACCCGCACUAUAUGGGGGUUAUAAAACCCGCACUAUAUGGAGGGGUCUAAACCCGCACUAUAUGGAGGGGGUAUAAAACCCGCACUAUAUGGAGGGGGUAUAAAACCCGCGCUAUAUGGAAGGGGGAUAAAACCCGCACUAAGUGGGGGGGGGGGGGGGGUAAAAGGGCCUCACAAAAGUAGGGAGGGCUGGUAAAAAGGCUUGAUAUAAACUCAGAAUCCUGAGCUGAAUCAUCCCACUCAGAAAUCGGUAGUGUCCUGUAUAAUGUUAGAGUAUUUUAAUUUAUUGUAAUAUAUUUUUAAGUUGUAUGUUUAAGUACCCACUUGUUCAUUUAAGUUUAAAAUAAAUUAAGAAUUGAAAUGUA